AUGCACUACGGCGCAUCCACGUCGUCACAGGGCCAGCAGCAAAGCUUCAAGCUGCCCACGCGCGCCCUCUUCAGCAAGGAGAGCUUUGAUUCGCCCAUGGAAGCGCUGGCCCAAGCAAAGAAGGCGCAUGGCGUCGACCUAGUCACAAUCGUGCACCGUCUCGGGCUGGAUACGAUGCAGGUAAUCCGACUUAUCAACCACAUCCGUAGAUCGGGAAUGAGCCCCGAGGAGGUUAACGCGCUCAGCGGCAAGGAGGGAUGGCUGGACGAUGAUGCGGAACUGAUGCCAGUCGAGGGGCAGGAGAACGACGGCCUGCUCCAACUAGACUUCGACGAUCUGCUCCCCGAGACUGGCGCGACAAACGGUACGAAGGACGGCGCAGCUGGGCAACCGAGUAAGCGCGAGCAAGAGCUCGAGAACGAGCUCAUCGCAAUGCGCAUGGCUUUCCAGGACUUGCGUCAGCAGUAUCUUGCCCGCAUUGGCCUCAACGAGCAGGACACCAAUGACAAUGUCCUCGCUGCUGGCCCCUCGACAUCCUCCUCAUCCUCCUCGGCCGCCGUGCCCGCCACCACCACCCCCAAGCCCGCCAAGCCCGCUCCGGUGGACAACGACACGCACUAUUUCGCCUCUUACGCAGGCAACGAUAUCCAUCAAACCAUGAUCGAAGACUCAGUCCGCACUUUGUCCUACGCAAAAUUCCUUCUCUCCCCGCGUAACGCUUCCCUCCUUCGCGGUAAGACCGUGAUGGACGUGGGAUGCGGGUCGGGGAUCUUGAGCUUGUUCUGUGCAAGGGCAGGGGCGAAGAGAGUAUUGGCAAUCGAUGCGAGUGAUGUGGCCGAUCGGGCGCGAAAGAAUGUUGAGGCGAAUGGGUGGGAUGGGGUUGUCAAGGUACACAAGGGGAAGUUGGAGGAAUUAGGGGAGACGCUCAAGGAGUACGAGGGCAAGGUGGACCUCAUCGUUUCCGAGUGGAUGGGCUACUUCCUCCUCUACGAAUCCAUGCUCCCCUCCGUCCUCGUAGCUCGGGACCUCUACCUCAACCCGUCCACGGGCACUCUCGCCCCUUCGCACUGCCGCAUGCUCCUCUCAGCCGUAUCCGACCAAGCUCUCUUACACCAACGCAUCCGCUUUUGGGAGAACGUCCACGGCUUCACAAUGCCCGCCAUGCGUCGCGGCCUGGAGGAUGAGGCGUACACUGAGACCCUUGCGGAGGAUAAGGUCGUCACGAGCGCGGAGCAGAUCUACGAUUUGCCGCUGCAAGAGAUGAAGCCUCGUCAACCGGCUUUUGUGUCUGACUUCACAUUGCAAGGCAAGGAGAAGGAGAUCAAGACCAUCCAUGGGUUCCUCAGUUGGUUCGACACCUGGUUCUUGCCACGUUCCGAGCAGGAGCCAUUGCGCACCUCGCCUUCUUCGCCUGAGAAGGAAGGGACACUCAUCCCUGGCUUGCCACCGGUUACGACGAAGCCCAUCGUUGAGGCCGACGUGGAGGGCAUCGACCUGCAGGGCAAGGCAGCGAUGCAGCGCUUGCCGAGCCCGGAGGAGCAGAAGAAGGGUGAAGAGAUCGUCUCCUUUACCACAGGGCCGCAGGGUAAACCCACUCACUGGGCGCAGACCGUCUUCCUGCUCAAGGAACCUUUCGAGCUUCAACCCGGGGAGAACAUCGUCGGUAGGAUUCACGUGACGCCUUGCGAUGCAAAGGAGGGCAAGAAUGAUCGUGAGCUCGACGUUGAGAUUCACUGGCGGGUGGUGGGGAGGGAGAGCGAGAAUGCCGAGGGGAAGAAGAAGGUCGAGGCUAUGAAUGUGCAACUUUGGUCUGUGCGUUGA